UGGACGGAGAUAGAAAAAUUUAAAGAAGGUAACAUGGGUUGGACUUUGAAAGGAGUAUAAUUUACUACUCCAUUACUUAAAUCCACCGCUAAAACCUCCUCUUCCUACAUUGGGGCUCUACUGUCUGAAUCUCCCGCAGAUAUCGCCUCAAAAUGCAAGAUCCGUCCAAUCCAAACUCCAAGCAGCUCAAUCAGACGCCACCAUUUUCCGCUACAUUCAGGCCAUCGCACCACCGCAGAGCUCACUCCGAGGUGAACUUCCGGCUGCCUGAGGAUCUAGAUCUGGUAUCUGACCCAUUCGAUGCGUCUGCCGGAAGUUUUGAGGAGAUCGGAUCCGAGGAUGAUUUCUUCUCCACUUACAUGGACAUUGAAAAACUAGGCUCUGGAUCCAACCCUACAGAUGUUCCAGGGUUCAACAAUGCCGGCGCUGGAAGUAGUGGACUGGUAGCUGACUGUGGUGAUGGAGAAAGGAAUUUCACCAGGCCUCGACACAGGCAUAGCAAUUCAGUGGAUAGUUCCAGCUUGUUAUUAAGUGAGAGUAUUGAAGCUAAGAAAGCUAUGGCUCCUGAUAAGCUUGCUGAACUUUGGACCAUUGAUCCAAAACGCGCCAAAAGGAUUUUGGCAAAUCGGCAGUCUGCUUCUCGUUCGAAAGAGAGAAAGGCCCGUUACAUUACUGAACUUGAGAGAAAGGUUCAGACCCUUCAAACAGAAGCAACCACUCUUUCUGCUCAAUUAACCCUUUUCCAGCGGGAUACAACCCAGUUUACUAAUGAAAAUACAGAGCUCAAGCUCCGUUUGCAAGCUAUGGCACAACAAGCUCAGUUACGUGAUGCUCUGAAUGAAGCCCUGAAGCAGGAAGUGGAAAGACUUAAAAUGGCCACAGGGGAAAUGUCAUCAUCAGAUGCAUACAAUUUGGGGAUGCAGCACAUUCCGUAUAACCAAUCAGCAUUCUUUUCGCAUCAGCCACAAUCAGGGGCUAGCGAAUCCCAGAACAUACAGAUGCAGCAAUUUCAUUCCCUCCAGGAUAGCUUGUUGACUCCUCAUCGCCGUUUACUUGCAGGGCAUGGGCAGGGUCUCCCUGACACAAUGCAACAGGAUCCCCUAGGUCGUUUUCAAGGUCUGGAUAUUGGUGGCAGGGGUCUGCAUCUUGUGAAAACUGAAACACCUUCAAUUUCUGCCAGUGAGAGCAGCAGUACAUUGUGAUUGACUUGUGCAAUCGGCCUUAUUUAUUGGAAUUGUUCAUAGACUGACACGUGUUUAACAUCCAAAAACAUGAUAUUCAAUUUUUUUUUUUCCAUUUGACUUCAGACUUAGGUUUCAGUAGCGGUUCCAGAUGUUGUGAUGUGUUGUUAUUUUUUAGUUUGGUCAAAGUCUGAAUCAUUUCUUGUGAUUUAUUGGUGUAACUUUAAAGGAAGGUUGUUACCACUGCGUAUUAAAUGGUGUCUUUGAGUCUUUAAGGUGGCUUAGCUGAAAA